CGUAAAUGAAUGACAGGAUCGCAAACAGAAACAGACGUAAACGUAAAAUUAGUAAAAUUGAAAAGUUUCUAAUUUACUGAUGAUAGAGAAUAUUAAUGUGUACCUACUUAGAGUUAAUAUUUUUCAGUCGGUUCUAGUGUAUUUUAAUAGAGAUUCUUACAUUAGUUGAAAAGUGAUACACAAAAGCAAAUGGAACGCCAAUGCCUGAGGUAAAUUAUAUCCUCAAAAAAUAUCUCUAAAUGGCUUAAUGGAUACAAAAACUUUACCAAGAUCUAAUAGAAGAAAACAAGAAUCUAGAAGCAAAGUCCGACUACAAUCUACAGAUGUAAAUUUAGAAACUCUACCAGAAAGCUGGGAAGAUUCUCUGAAUUCUUGUGACAGAGAGCAGUCGAAUUGUACCCCUUGCACUUUAGAAAAAAUAAAUAACUGGAUAAAUAGUCUUCACGUAGGAUACGUAGGGAAUAAUGAUAGUACAACAAAGUCUGGAUGUGGCUGUAGUGAUAAUGGGUUGGACCUAGAAUCAGAUAUGCCAACUAAUAUGUUCACCUCUGACUAUAAAACAUUUGACCUCACUGACAAACAUUUAACUACAGAUCGGCUAGAGAAAUAUUGUAUGAAAAAAUACAAUAAUUAUGAAGCCACAAAAGUUUCAUACUCUACAGAAGGUACUUCAAAUGAUAUACUUAAUGGAGAUAUACCAGAGCAGUACACUAAACCUAACAAAAUCAAACCGAAAAUAUAUAUAAAAGAUCAUAGACAAUUUAAGGGCCAUACAGACCAAUUUGAUGAUUAUGAAAACGAGGUUCCAUUGAGUCCUGAAAGUGAGAAGAAAAAAGAGCUAUGUAGUUACUUGCAGCUUAUGAAACCCUCUGACAAGAAGACUGUAAUGAUUUUACAGAACCGUCGAUCAGUACGUGUAAAGAAUUUAUGUAUGAUGCAAGAAAAGAAAGAACUAGAAAAGAAACUCAAAGAAAAUCAUAAUGAUAUGAAUCUCCAUGAUGAUUAUAAUGACAUCAAAUCAUCAGACUGUACAAUGGACGUGUCUUUGGAGAAAAAGAAACAUAAAUGGUUAAAGUACAAUGGCCUAAAAAACACUCUUAAUAAUACAUUUUGUUUUCCCAAACCUUCAGAGAUUCUAACCCAAACUGUCAGUUACUUUGAUACAUGUUCAACCUGUUUUUUGGAUAAAAAUUGUGAUCUAAAGGUUAAUAUUGAAAAAAUGACAUUAAUUAAAUUACCUAAACUUCCAGAAGAAUUAAUAUCCAUGGUUCACGAUUUUGAUGAUGCAAUUGAGUCAAUAAAAACAUCUAAUUUAGAGAAAUAUACUCCUAAAAAAAGAGUGUAUAGAAAAAAACAAGUUGUCCAAGAUACAGUUGGUCGAAGAAUAACAAGAAAUCGACCGCAAUUAAUAUCAGACAUAAUUCAUUCUUUGAGGAACAGAAAUAUUGGCAGGUCUCAUUUAAGGAAGUAUCAAAGAAUGAAAGAUAAAAACAAACUUGCUAGAAAGUUAGAUGCAGCAAAUAGAUCUCUAAAAGAAGAUAACAUAGAAAAUACAAGUUUUAGUAAUAUAAUUAAUCAGAUUACUGAACAGAUCGAUAUAGUUGAUGACAGUAGCCAAAUUCAAAGCAAAUCGAUAGAUCUGCAUUCCUUCAUACCUGAAAGUGAUUUUAACAGUUUAAGCAGUGAACAUCAAAGAAGUUUAUUGUUAUUGAAUACUUGUACAAGUAGCAAUGAUAUUUAUACAUCUCUAGUCGAUGUUUCUCAAAAGGAUAGUACAAGUACAGAAACAGAAAAGAACAAUGACUUGGACGAUGACAAUAUGAAACAUUUUACAGAUAGUAUAGAGCUACAGAAGUCUUUUAGUGAGACAGAAGAUCAAAUUCUUAUCACUAAUGAUAAAUCUGAUGAUGCUCCAAGUUUUACUGAGAUGAAUUCUGAUGUGAAAACACUUGAAAGGAAUGUAGAUGAUUCAACUACAACCCCAAUCAGUGAAAGGACGAUUAUUCACAAACCUAUUGUUAAUAUUUUCGACUUGAAAAAGGAUAUAGUUAUUAAGUCAUUGCAUAGUUCUUUAAAUACAAGCAACAGGAAAAAUAAUGCAAAUAAUUUGUUGCAACAGGGUAGUCCAAGUAGUUGGACUUCGGAUAGCUUUAAGAAACCAAAGAAAGAUCGGCAUUCGAUCAAUAUUUCACCCGAUAAUGGAAGCAUUUUGAAGGCGUUUUACUUAGAUUAUAAUUUGAUUCUGUGCCAGGAGUUUAUGGUAUCGUUUUGGACUCAGACAGCAUUAGGAAAUGUUUUAGGUGCACAAAACAUGUGGAUACACAAGGGAAACGUGCAGAGACUAGCGAUGAACAACAACUGCAUAUUUAAGGAAUCUCUGGAAAUGGUGGUGUCCACAGAAACUAACAUCGCCUAUAUAGAAUUGUGGAUCAAAGAGCACCAAAGUGACAUAAGGGAGGGUCCUGUGGCAGAUGUAUUUGCCACUGUCUAUUUUUGGAAGAAAGGACAAAAUAGUCUUGAUAAGAAAGUGUUACAACUUGAAAAUAUCAAUGGAUUUGCGGACGAUGUACAGUAUGCUGUUUUGAAAUCCGUCCCGAAAAUUAUCGUCAGUAGGCACGUGGCCUCCAAUGAAGUGGACAACAAGAAAACUUACAUACACUGCUACCAACUGGCGGCAGAUUACCAAACUGUCGAUAGCAUCGACCAAUUUGAGUCGGUCCAACAUUAUGUCUCGUCGUUGCACAGCAUCGAAGAUUGCGACGAUAUUGUUGCCGGGUAUGGUGAGAAUAAGAUAACGCUGUGGAACAUCGAUUAUGGAUACGUCGUGGCGACAAUCGAAAUGACAGAAAUUAAGUCUGCAUUGUCUACAUUGUGGGUGAAAUGUGAUAGGGGAUUUUUGUUCACAUUGCAACAGUGCGUUGAUAGAGAAUUACGAUUAAUUGCUAUUCAUGGCAUGAAUCAUUCAUGGAAAAAAUUAGCAAGUUAUGUUCCACCUGAUGAGUAUGAUAGACUUAAGGGCGUGUGCGUGGAAAAUGGCAUAGUCAUAGCCUUCUACGACCGCGGCGUCCUCUGCUGGAACGCUCAGACGGCGGAAACGAUAAUCGAAGAGGCCACGAACGAAGCGGAGUAUAUAUCGGGAAAAUAUGUCAUCAAUUUAGUCAACGAUCAAGUAAAUAUCAGACACGCGUUUGCGUAUUUACUUUAUUCGGACGAUUCGUAGGGUAAGAUCUAUAAAUAAUUGUACAUAAAACCUCUGUAACAUUGCAUCAUUUAAUAAAAGACACUUUUUUAUAUACGCAGGUUAUUGAUACAGAAAGUAAUAUCAUUGACUUUGAAUUAAUAUACGAGUGUCAGAACAAAUGCUAAAAUUUUUAGGAACGGUUUUUUUUAGAAAAGGUAAUUAAAAAAAGAAAGGCAUUAUUAUACAACACUUGCUUCUGAAUAAGCGUCCGAUAUUUCACAGGGUGAUUUUUAAGGUAAUUAAAUAUAAAAGUUCAUAUAAUGUGUCCUAAAUUGUUGCGUUUUUGAGGGUAGACUGGGUAUUCUUUUUCGUGUCGAUUGCUGAUUGAAUUGGAGCCAGAAAUGGCUCAAAACGAAAUAAGUAAAUUACCAACAGAUAUUCAGGCUGAGGCGGCAAACGCCAUAUCCAAACUACUUCCAAUUAAAUCCCGGAUAACUUAUGAAAAGGAAAUCUGACUGGCCGUCGAAAGGCGCGUGGUCAUCGUGAAACAAGAAGAAGAAGAUGAAAAGGAAUACAAAAAUUUUCAAAAAUAGAAGCAAUUAAAAAACGUGCGAGAAGAAGUAAACUUUUUAACCUAUC